GACCACGUUUUUAUAUCUUAAUGAGGGAAGGGACGGGUGGUUGCUUGAGGCGAAGCGGACCCUUUCCCCCGAGGCAUAAAAAUUGUUGGCCAUCUCUGUGAUCUUUUUUAACGUUUUCGCCGCCGCGUGCCUGCCCUGCCUUCGUCCCUCCGGAGUUGCACAUGCCGCUUGUGUUUUAAUCUUAAAUUGGAUUAGCCGUUUAUGAUCCGGAUGCUGUUGUAGUUAAUGAGGGUAAUACAUAAACUGCUCAUGGGGUUUUUUUCCUUCUUUUUUUUUUGUCUAAGGUGACAAAUGAUUUUUUUUUUUUUCCUACGCUGGAUAGUACUCUGUUCUGUGUCUACUUACUAAAUAUUUUUAGGAUAUUUCUUUCAGCUCUUCCUUUUAGAUACCCUCAGUUCCAAAGAACUCAUUAACGAGAAGGAUGGAACAAACGGUGUUGGGUCUUUCCUGCACUGGACUGGGCAGACUGGAUUCAGAAAGCACAGAGCCUCAACGCUGAAGCAUAGGCCACAUUUGCUACUGGAAUAAGGCAACUGCAAUGGAAAAAAUAUGUUCUCCCAGUGCCAGGAAUAACUGACGAUACAAAGGACAAUGCACAGUGUACAUCCUGGUGACAUUUUGUGUGCUGUGACAUGGUUUUUGCCAUGGCAUCUGAGACUGACAAGGCCCAUGCUCUUCUCCAAACUUUCAGCGCAGCUUCAGUUAUUUCUAGUCUGGGUUUGGGAAUAUUCUGCUUUGUAGCAGACAGACUUCUGCAGUUUUCCUUCAUUCAGCAAAAUGACUGGCUCCGAGCCUUCUCUGAUAAUGCAGUGCAUGGUGUACUAGGAAUGUGGUCCUGGGCAAUAGUGAUUGGACUCAGGAAGAAAAGUGACUUCACUGAGGUCACUCUGGCUGGCUUCCUCGCCUCCGUCAUUGACGUGGACCACUUCUUUCUUGCUGGGUCCCUGUCAUUAAAGGCUGCUCUGACUCUUCCACAGAGACCACUUCUUCAUUGUUCUACUGUGAUUCCUGUUGUCGCUCUGACAUUAAAGUUUAUUAUGCACCUUUUCAGGCUUAAGGAUUCAUGGUGCUUUCUUCCCUGGAUGUUGUUUAUAUCCUGGACUUCUCAUCACGUCCGUGAUGGGAUUCGUCAUGGCCUCUGGAUCUGCCCAUUUGGAAAAACUCCUCCUUUGCCAUAUUGGCUGUAUGUGGCAAUUACAGCAUCUUUACCUCAUCUAUGUUCAUUUAUUAUGUAUUUAACAGGCACUAGAGAAUUAAUGUCUAUAAAACAUGGAAUCCACAUUGAUGUAUAAGAAUGAUGGCUUUUAAAGGAUGUUUGUAUUAGCACUUGAAAUAUGCUGUCUGUUUAUCACUGAAGUGGUUUCCUUAUGUUUCCUACGACUUCCGAGUUAGGCAUUUUAAGCCUGUGGAGCCAGUUACAGCUCCUUUGUCAAUUCCUUGUGGUCAUAGAAGCCUGUAUAAUGAAUGGUAAUAAUUUUAUACCUAUACAUUCCCCUUGUAAAAUUUGUGGUCUUCCAUUAUAAUUCAUGUAUAGCUAGCUGGUUUAUAAAGUACUUAGUCUCUCUCUGUAGUAAUUACGUUACGUCUUACUGUCACGGUGCCAUUCAUCUGAUAACCAUUCACUUUGGAUUUGAAUUCUGCCUUUAGAUAAUACGUUUCCUCUAGGUAGGAUUUGUAUAGGAUUAAAAAUGUAAAGUACUAUAUAAAUCCUAAGUAUUAGUGGGAAUGUAGUAGUGUAUGGCACUUCUAAAAAACAUCAGUUAGCCUUUUAAAUUUAUUUAUUUGUUUUCCUGAUGGACUCCUGUAUUCAACUGUUUUAAAAGAAACAUGCAACCGCAUCUCUUUGAACAUUGGUAUCAUAUGGUGUUUCUACUAAAUUCUAUUCCUCUGUAGUUGCUUGGUACUCAAUUUGCAGAUAAUUACUAGCUAUGAUUUGUGGUUAGAAAGGAGAAGACAGUUUGGUUACAGUAUUAUGUAUCUUGGACAAAUUGCUGAAUUUUUAAAAUAUACUAAUUUUGAAUAUUAUUUAAUUUGGAACUAAGGAAUUUUAGUAAAUAUUUAAGGAUUGUGUAACGGCAAACUUAUUUAUUACAGUAAAACAUAAGCUUUAGGGAAGAUGCAGGAAUUGCUAAAAAUGUGAGUUUGCUUAAAGACCUUACUGCUAUAUUCAUAAACACUAUUUUUCAUUAAGAAGUGCAAGAUCAUCUUUAUAAUUAUAAAUAAAAUGCGUUCUUAUUAUACAGAAAUAGAAAUUUUCUCAUAAAUAAGUUCCUUAAGGAAAAAUGUUACUAUGUUACAGGUUCAGCUAGUAAUUUGCACUGUCGACUAUUCAAAGCAACAGUUUCCAUUUACAGAAAUUUCUCAGAAGUCCCAAAGUGAAAAUUAAGCUCUUCUGUAGUUUAGUGUACAAACUGAGAAAUACCUGUUAAUAAUUGUGGUUCUUUCAUUUUCUAUUCAUUGAACUCCAUUGCCCAUUAAGGAGAUGGGGACUCAAUUAUUCCAGUUUGUGAUUAAUAGUUAUCAAAAGGGAUUAUUUUUAUGGAAGAGCAUAUAUAAGGUAGCAUGUGCAGAACUUUAAAUUUAUCAGAGAUUGCAAAGCUUAGGUGAUGUGUUGAUACUACAUUUACAUUAGUAAAUUUAUAUUAGUAUGAAGUACAAAAAAUUACAGAAAAUAUUAACUGGGAUGGCUGCCUUAAUGGGUACCAGAGACCUUCUGUGGAUGCAAAGUACUAAAGUCUCUCUGCCGCACAUUAAGCUAAUAUAGAAAGCAUUUCACCCUUUUAAAAUGUGCCCUCCCACAAAAGGAAUGAAUGCUUAUGGACACUUGUCUGACAAUACAAUGGGCCUGUUUAGCCUUUAUUAUAAAAUAAACAAAAAGUUUUUUUCUUUUAAAGAAGAUCUGAAAAGCAGAAUAGUCCUUACAGGAUUGUCCUCAUACUGUCGAUUUCUGUCUUCUACAGUAUGUAAAAGUUUCCCAGAAACAGAAGGGUCUUGCUGUAGAGCUCACAGAGCAGGAACUGUCUUUUAUCCAAAGGCAUGAUGGUUUAGUAGAGGAGGAGUGUUGCUCGUUCAUUUACUUCUAACAUGUAUUUUAAACAGUCAACUAUGACGUGCCAAUAAUGAAUAUAUUUUGUCCAAGAAGUGAACACUUAAAUCCAUGUAGAAAAUUUUCUGUGUUCUUGAUUCAUGGUAUAAUAUUUGUAUAAUUUUGUGCUUUAUCCAGAUUUGUUGCAAAGGGAAAUGUAUAUAGGAACAAAGUGUAGAAUUACACUUUCUCAUUUUUAGACUGUAGCUGUAGCAUUUUUGGUAGGUAUAUGUCCACCAACAGUCCUUAAGAUUGGUACUGUACUGUUCUAACCAUGCUUAAGGAUCAGUUAAUGGGUACAUCUUCAGCAGUUUAAAAACAUGUAUUUUCAUUCUCUGUAUUUCCAGCGAUAUUUGUGGGUUUUUUUUAAAAUAAUUUUCUGCUGUAUUGCAAAAUACUGGUUUUCUGGUCAUAUUCAUAUAACAGUUCUACCACAGCAAUAGGUAAACACCACUUAGAAAUGCAUUAAGGAAAGUAGCACGCACUUGUGACACAUGACUUCUUUCCCCCUCCCUCCAAACAGACAUGGCAGAGUCUCACGCCUCUUCCUGACGUUUAGGGAACUUUAGUUCAGGCCAUUGACAACUUUUCAAGGUAAACUGACACAUUGCAUGUAAUGCUGUAAUUUGUAGGUAGCCAGAUUAGAGAACAAAGGAGAUGUUAAAUAUUUGUUUUAGCCUGUGUCACCUAGGAGAUACACCUGCCUAUUACAAAUGAAUUGCCUAACAAUUCCUUACCAGUAUUUCAUGUAUAUUUCAAAUAUAUUGGUAUUUCCAACUAUGCAUUGAUACCUGCCACGUGUAGCAAAACCACGGCAAAAAUAAACCAAGAUACUAAAAACGUAA